AUGCGUGUCGCAACCCGCCGCCGGGGGGGAGGGUCAGACGCUGCAAGGAUGCGGUACGGUGCCGCACCGGGGAACACACCCCAGGAGGAUCUACGGAUAGGAUACCUGAUUCACUCCCCUGCUUGCGCUAGCAGGAACAUUGGCAGACCUCCAGCUUGUGCCGUAACCUGCCAACUCCACCUCCACAAAGUCGACACGGGGAAUCCCACCAACCUCAUUAGCAUGUGGACUGAUUCUGUCGAUCAAGGCCGAAGACUAGAGAACCUCAGUUGGCGACUUUGGCAACGCGAGACCUUCGAUUGCCAGAGCGCCUCCAACAAGAUCUCUCCCCAACCACUCCUCCAGAACAUUCCCUACGAAAGCUGCAUACCCGGCCCUCUCCAAUUGUCCGGCAGCGUUGAAUCUCUCACGGACGAGAAGGCCGAUGAUUUUACUUCCGUCCCAAUACCUGUUGACACCUGCUGCCCCAAGACACGGAUCCAGGGUUCGUACACCAGCUGCCGAAGCAAGCGAGAAAGACAUAUCAGCUCUGACGACUUCGAGAGGAUGGCCGUCUCCAUCCUCAAAGACAAGAGUCCUUUGUUGAUACUGCUACAGAGCUGCCCCAUGGUUGCUACUCUUAAGGAAUCGCUCCCUGCGCCUAUUGCCUUGGAGCGCUCCAGUUCCAGUACUACCAAAUCCCAGUCGCCUUCUAAGUCAAUUAGCAACCGCUUAGAGGCAUCGCCCGAGUUCGCUCCCAUAACGCCUUCGCGCACCAUCAUUAACGCCCUAUCCGACAGGAUCCCUAAGCCCACCUCCUCUCCAGCCCCCAAGCCUGUACAGUCUAAGAAGCAUAAGCCAGUCAUCCCCAAUAUUAAGAGGCUCAUAUUUCAGAUUGGCGGAUCCCCUGAAGAUAACGCUUUGCUCAAGAGCACCCUCGCCACUUCUCCACCUAGCUCUCUUUUCUCGCUCCAGAACAACGCUCUAUUUAUUACUCUUAUACUGGCAAAGGACGACCGCGCGCACAACCUGGGCAACUACGCCUCGCAAUCCACAACAGCCAUUCCUCGGUCGCGCAUAGCCCCCAAUAAACCCUCCUUGGGCGCUUCUCGCAACGAAUUGGACGAGACUCCAUUAAUAAUAAAGGGCAUGCGUCAUCCUACCCUCAAGCCCAUUCACGAGAUCCCUCGAUCCAGCCCUCAAUCCAUUCAUAAAAAACCCGACCAUGCUGAGAAUCAGGCUGCUCUGUCACCGCACACUACGCGCCGCAACAUGCUUGCAACUGAGCUUACCGAGUCGCUCCGCCGCCACCUCCUCUGGGAACGACAGCAGAAGUCGUCGACAGCUGAUGCAGUUCUGAGCCGGAGCCACACCUCGGACAAUAUGACCCACCUUGAACAACACCUCAAGAAGAGCUGCAUCAAAACGAGCGAGGAUGUCAGCGCCAGUAGCAAGGACCAAUGCUUCUUCAAGAACGUCGGUAAUGGAUACCACGUCAAAGGCUGGUGA